GUGUCUGAGAAAUGUGAAUACUGUGACAAGGAGGAAAAAGGCAAAGCGUGUCAGAAUGACUGACAACGACUAUCAGCUCCUGAGGAGUCCACACAUAGACAGGGAGAAGUUAGCAGAUGAUGUCAUUAGUAAGCUUACACCACUUAUCUCGGAGGAUAGGUCGACAAAUCUGGAUCUCCUACAUUUGUUAGGAGUUCUGGAAAACAUUGUCAGAAACUUUUCUGUGAUUGACGAAGGAGUGAUGAAAAUUUGUAACAAUAUAUCUGAUCAUGUUUGCCUCUCUUUGCUGCAUAAGUUACAUCCAUCUUUUGACAGCCGUUCACACAUUCUUGUGUUGCUAUCCAGAGUGGGGUCUCUACAGGCCCUUUGUGCACAGAAUGGUCCAAUCAGUCUGUCUGUGUCUCUUCUUAGUUUGUGCUCGGAUUCCUUGAAUUAUCACAUUGUUGGGAGGACUGCUGGUACAAACAGAAUGUCUGAAUCACAAACCGAAUAUGUUGAUGUAAUUUGUGCUCUCGAAGUUGUUAAAAAUUUGGUAAGAAUUUGUGUUGACAAAGAUUUUCAGCAAAAAUUAAUACAAUCUAAUAUACAAUUAGGUAAGAAUCUUGAAAAAGUGUUUGAACAUUUGUUGAACAUUUUAAGACUUUUUGACAAGCAAGUUAUUCUACACAUGACAAGCCAAAGCCUUCUUCUAUUGUUGAAAUAUGAUGAUGACAAGUGGACAGGACGAUUGGCAGCUUGCUGGAAUACAAUCUUAUCUAUCUGGGAAGAAGACAUCAGAAGCUGCAAACCUAGCAUGCUGCUCUGUUCCUUAGCUAAUCACUUCCUGCCUGUAGAGAAUAACUUAAUGACAGAGGUGGAUAUAAGGACGUUUGAGUCGUACUGGAGUAUCAUGCAGGCUGGGAUCUGUAGUGAAAACACCCUUGUCAGAAAACAGUGUAUAUAUCUAUUGAAAAGGACGAUUGAUUUAUGUCAGCAAGGAAAGAUGGAUGUAAAGCUACAAGAUGCAGGUGAGCAUGUGCCAAAGUUUUGCUGGAUCAAACAAGAAGAGGCUAUUUUAAGGAAGACAUGGGAAGAUGUUAUCAUGCUUGUAGAAACCUUUGAGGAGAAACAGGUCCAUGUCAUCAACCCCUUACUGCCGAGAAUGCAGAACCUGAUAAAGACCUCAUCAACUGAUCAAGCUAUACCUCUCCACACCUCAUGGUUAACAGCUUUAAUCAGAAGAGCUCUGAAGCACGAGAGUGUCACCAUCAUUAGAUGGGCGACAGAAACUGUGUUGUUUUUAGACCUAGAGUUAUGUCCCCUCCUUCACCAAGGGGAGGAAAAGUACAUCAGUGGGGAUUUUCUUGUUACCAUUCAGGACAGUAAAAACUUCAGCAAACCUCAAAAUGCCCUCCAAGGAACUGCCUCUAAUGCUGGUCUAGGAUUGUCAGAUUUCUUUGCCAAUUGUUGGAAAGAACUGAAAACAGAGGAGAAGAGAGUGUCAUUCUUCCGUGAUGUCAUGCACACAAUGAGUGUAAACUGCUGGGGCCCACUGCCCUUUGUAUUCCUGUGUAAGGGGCUGUCCCGAGUUCCUCCUUCACCUCUUCUGGACAACAACAUCAUUCUUAAUCUAAGAAAAACUCUGAGUACUACCAUUUCUUCAAUAAGCAGUUAUAUACGUGGAGCUGCCCAGUGUUAUUUUGCGGAGGCUUUGGUCAACCUUGUGGACACGAAAAGUGUCUUGCCAAAGGAGUUGGCCGCUGUGUUAGCUGUGUUUUCAAAGAAGGAGAGUUUACAAAGGGGAACUACUCUAUGGAAAAAAGUUGUCCAUCAGAUUGAGAGAUUUUGUGGAGCAGAUACAGAUGUUUGGUCACCUCCUGAAAUCCAAAACUUCAUUCAUAAAGAGACUACAGCCUUUGUCCAUGUGUCGGAAGGUACCAAGUUCAUUUGGAGUGAAAUGGAGACCAUACAAAUUGUACGUUUUACAUUUUUGGCUGUGGAUGCAAAAGUGUUGCCAUUGGUAGCUGAUAUCAAUAAAUCACAGCCAUCUUUAUCAGGAAUUCUGGGAGGGUUGACAGAAAUAGUUAACACUGUCAACAGCCGACCCUACAUGUCAGCACACAAAGCUGAGAGGGCUGUAGAACUUUUGCUUUGUUUUGUGUCUGAACUUGGAACACUCACAGACAAGGAUGAAUUGUGUGGCAUUGUACAGAAAGCACUAGCAAGUUGUCAUGGAGAACUACUAUUAUUUAUACAACAGAGGAUGACAGGGGGCUGGAGGGAGACUAACGACCUUCCAAGCAUAGAACUCAGUGAAACAGCUGUUGUUGAGGUGACAAGAUGUUUCCAUGAAAACAGUUCCGUGAGCUGUAUCCAUCACCUUGUUACAAACUGUAUACUGACUAUGAAUGAAGUGUCUGCCCUGUCCAAGGUGAGUAUGGAAGGGCAGAUUCAGUUGGUAGGGGCAGGAGCAGUCCUUGGUGCAGUAGCCAGUGUUUACACUGUCCCUUGGCAAGACCUAACACCACACCAGCAGGCCCUGAUAGAAGACAUACUCUGUUAUACACAGAAAGCUGACAUUACAGUCUCUCUCACUCGACCAUUGAUGGUAGAGAGUCGUGAAGAAUGGGGUCGGUUCUCAUCCAAGUUCUUGUCAUCCCAAUGGAGGGUUCAACUGCUGUACUUGGAACUUGGGCGAACUCUUCACCGCCCUGCUUCCACCUUGUUGGACCUGUGUCUGGAGUGUCUAUCCCUAACCAAGGCAGAAACUGUCCUUGUGGUGCUACAAUGUAUCAAACUACUCCUGCCUCAGGUAAUAAGUGAGGGAUCAAUAGCCAAGGUGAUAGAAACCCUAGAGUUGGCCUGGGCAAUGACCCAGGAGGACACAAGAGGUACUGCUUAUCUCACAAUCAUGACUGAAUUCAUCAACAUGGCCUUCCAACCAGCUCUGGUUUCACUCCCAGAGGACUCGCUCAUCAUCCAGAAGCUUGUACAGUAUGCUGAUGUAUUGUUGGAGCUUGGGGAAGGAAAGAUUGGAUUGUUCCAACUACUAGCAUCUCACCUCUGUAAUCUUUGGACAGAUGCCAAAUUGCUUCCUCACAUGGCCAAGUUCUACUCCAUAAUGGUCUCCUGCUGUCUCUAUGGCACAAUACACAAACGACAAGAAAAACAGACGAUGGAGUUAAACGCAUACAUCCAGGAUCUAGGCAGCAGUUGUUCUGUGAACCAAGUCAUGAAAAGCAUUCCGACGGAUAUAUCUGUAAGAGGAUGGGUAAUUUCCUUGUUACUACACUUCCAAACAGAUAGCCCCGCCCACACUGCAGUGGUGCAGGGAUUGAUGGAUACAAUGAUUGACAGGUACAAGGAAAUGACUUCAGCUCACAAAGGCACUACAUUCCCAAAUUCCAUGGCUCAUCGUCAGAAAAACCGUGCUUUCCAAUUCUUUGUAAUGUUGGAACCCUUCAUUGUGCAGGAAAAUGUGGAUAGGAUGUGGAAGAUGUGUAGAGAUGUAAUGGGACAGCCGAACCAGCCUUCCAUCCGUAAUCUGGUACAGUGGCUGAUGCUCCGUCUAAUCCUUAGGUUUGACUACCUUCUGGAUAAACUCAUCUGUAUGUUUGUAGAUUUGGAUGAGAAAAACACAGUAGUAAUAUGCAGUCUACUUUGUACACUAGCCUUAUUGGGACCACACCUCACAGAGAGCAAACAGACACAAUACUACACCUCAGCAGUGUCAGCAGUACUACCCUGGUGUAUGGCACACCACUUCAAUACAAGGAUUCAUGCCCAAGUUGCCAUGAUGAAAAUGUGGUCCCAAUGUCACACAUUAGGUAUUAGCCAGGUCCUCACCUCCUUUCCAUUCCUUGACUCAGUUUCACGUUUCAUUGAGGAGAGCAAAAACUACAAUUCUACAAAAAAUCUCACCAAACUGACAGAAAACUUUUUCAUGAAGGAUUUUGACUUUGAACGGGACUUCAGUAUCGAGACUAUUUUCCACACUCUACCUCGUCUAGCCUGUCUCAUGGAUGACGAGUGGAUACAACCCCAGACAUUCCUGGAGGACGGAGCUACAAAGGAAACUAAACCCUGGAUACCUGUCCUUAACCCGGCGAACUUGCUGGCAAGCUCUGAGGCUGGCACUUGGAAAAUAGCACAAAAUAAUACAGCUGCUGGAGAAGAAGAGGAUGAGGAAGAGGGCGGAGACUUUCAGAAGAAGAUCAUGCCAUGGCGAAUGAUGACACCUGAUGAAGAAGCACAAGAAGAACUUGACUUCUGUAAGAAGCGCCAUCAGGCAGGAGGAUUAGUCUUGGUUACCUCCCUUAUAGAGAAGCUCCCCAACCUUGGAGGUCUGUGUCGUACAAGCGAAAUCUUUGGCGUGUCAGAAUUUGUUAUAGGCAAGAUGAAAUACCUGGAAGACAAAAUGUUUCAGACCCUCAGUGUGACUGCAGAGAAAUGGCUGCCAAUCUCUGAGGUUUAUAAGACAAAGCUGACAACUUUCCUAGCAGAGAAGAAGCAGGCAGGUUACACAUUAGUAGGAGUGGAACAGACAGCCAAUUCAGUCUCCCUAACAGAUUUCCAGUUCCCCUUCAAGUCUCUUCUCCUUCUUGGGAAUGAGCGUGAAGGUAUACCUGUGGAGCUGAUCAAUAUGUUGGAUGUAUGUGUGGAGAUUCCGCAGCAGGGAAUCAUCCGCUCACUCAAUGUUCAUGUCAGUGGAGCGUUACUUGUGUGGGAGUACCGACGUCAACAAUUGGUCAGAGAACAAAUUGAUUCUCCCGGAGAAGGUCAUUGAUGGCAGGAGUACUGAUAACUCUCUCUCUUUGAAUUUGUCUGUUAAGGCAGGAGUAUUGAUAACUCUCUCUUUAAAUUUGUCUGUUAAGGCAGGAGUACUGAUAACUCUCUCUUUGAAUUUGUCAGUUAAGGCAGGAGUACUGAUAACUCUCUCUUUGAAUUUGUCAGUUAAGGCAGGAGUACUGAUAACUCUCUCUUUGAAUUUGUCAGUUAAGGCAGGAGUACUGAUAACUCUCUCUUUGAAUUUGUCAGUUAAGGCAGGAGUACUGAUAACUCUCUCUUUGAAUUUGUCAGUUAAGGCAGGAGUACUGAUAACUCUCUCUUUGAAUUUGUCAGUUAAGGCAGGAUAACUGAUAACUCUCUCUUUAAAUUUGUCAGUUAAGGCAAGAGUAUUGAUAACUCUCUCUUUGAAUUUGUCAGUAAAGGCUGGAGUACUGAUUACUCUCUCUUUGAAUUUGUCAGUAAAAGCAGGAGUACUGAUAACUCUCUCUUUAAAUUCGUCUGUUAAGGCAGGAGUAUUGAUAACUCUCUCUUUGAAUUUGUCUGUUAAGGCAGGUGUACAGAUAACUCUCUUUGAAUUUGUCUGUUAAGGCAGGAGUACUGAUAACUCUCUCUUUGAAUUUGUCAGUUAAGGCAGGAGUACUGAUAACUCUCUCUUUGAAUUUGUCUGUUAAGGCAGGAGUAUUGAUAACUCUCUCUUUGAAUUUGUCUGUUAAGGCAAGAGUAUUGAUAACUCUCUCUUUGAAUUUGUCUGUUAAGGCAGGAGCACUGAUAACUCUCUCUUUGAAUUUGUCUGUUAAGGCAGGAGUAUUGAUAACUCUCUCUUUGAAUUUGUCUGUUAAGGCAGGUGUACAGAUAACUCUCUUUGAAUUUGUCUGUUAAGGCAGGAGUACUGAUAACUCUCUCUUUGAAUUUGUCAGUUAAGGCAGGAGUACUGAUAACUCUCUCUUUGAAUUUGUCAGUUAAGACAGGAGUACUGAUAACACUCUCUUUGAAUUUGUCAGUUAAGGCAGGAGUACUGAUAACUCUCUCUUUGAAUUUGUCUGUUAAGGCAGGUGUACAGAUAACUCUCUCUUUGAAUUUGUCAGUUAAGGCAGGAGUACUGAUAACUCUCUCUUUGAAUUUGUCAGUUAAGGCAGGAGUACUGAUAACUCUCUCUUUGAAUUUGUCUGUUAAGGCAGGAGUACCGAUAACUCUCUUUGAAUUUGUCUGUUAAGGCAGGAGUAUUGAUAACUCUCUCUUUGAAUUUGUCUGUUAAGGCAAGAGUAUUGAUAACUCUCUCUUUGAAUUGGUCUGUUAAGGCAGGAGUACUGAUAACUCUCUCUUUGAAUUUGUC